AUGUGCAUUGUGCGCAAGCGCCUGCACGUGCACUUCGAGCAUCUGACGCCGUUGCGGUGCAACGUGAACACCCGCAUUGUGCGCAAGCGCCUCCAUGUGCGCAUCGAGCACCUGACCCCUUCCCGGUGCAACGUGGACUUCAAGGCGCGUGUGAAGGCCAACGAGGAGCACAAGGCAGCCAACGCCGAGGCCCGCAAGGCCGCCGGCGGCGCAGCCAAGGAGAAGAAGUACAAGAAGCCGGCACCCAUGACCCUCGAGUACCUGCAGGCUCUUGAGAAGCGCAACGCGCGCCCGAAAAAGUCGGACGAGGAGAAGGCGAAGCUGCAUGAAGAGGACAGGAAGAAGCGGGCGGUGAAGGCGCUGGAGCCGCCCGCUCCGGCGGUGGUGGGCGGCAAGAGGAAGCCCCUCGGCCCCCGGCCAGGGUUCCUUGUGCCCGGUACGACCAUGGAGACUGUGACGCCUAUUCCGUACGACGUGGUUAACGAUCUUAAGGGAGGGUAUUAA